CCUCUCCGUCCGAGUUUGUUGCGCUCCCGUCCCGCGAGUCCGUCUCAAGUCUCUUCGGAGCUCACUGAAGUCCCAGCCAUGGAAGACGACAACAUAAUAAUACCUGUCUGACUCGGGGAGAUCUUCCAAGAUGCCAGGCCUUUUGUCCAGUCCUGUGUGUCUGACAGUCAUCUGGUUUCUAUCUUGGUCACUGCAUCCCAGUCGUGCUCAGAUUUGGAGUGAUGAAGUGUCAGGCUUGCAGUACGGGCGUUUGGAGUCCAAUGUGACCCUAGCAUGUGGGAAGUCUCAAAUCCGGAUACCUGUGGUCUGGCAUCUGAACCGCAGCUCGGUGUUGCCAUGGCACAAAGUGACAUCAGACGGACGGUUGGUUCUGCUGCACGUCGACCCGUCGGCUCAGGGCGACUACAGCUGCUAUGACAACAGCGGGCUCCUCCUCCACUCCGUCACUCUCAAGCUGGGCCAUCCUCCCGGGUGGCUCAACGUUUCAUGUAAAGUGCCCAGUCACAGGCACGUCCGCUGCUCCUGGAUGGAAUCCAUACAGACCUUCCUGCCGGCCAAGUACAACGCCACCUUCAGGGGGAAGGAUGAGGAAGGCUGGCCCUGCAUUGUGGAUGUCUCCCAGCAGCACUGUGACGUAGACUUCCCUGCUUUCUGGCAGCCCAGCCACACGCUUGACGUGACAGAGACCAAUGCUCUGGGGUCCCAGACAACACCUUUUCAAGUCCGGCUACAUGAACAAUUGAAACCGGACCCUCCUGAGUCGGUGACGGUGAGGGAGCUAGAAGGUUCCCCGAGACAGCUGAGGGUGUCCUGGAACCAUCCCUCCUCCUGGCCGGAGCACGUUGCUUUCCCCCUGCUGUUUCAGAUCAGAUACCGACCGCAGGGCUCCAUGUACUGGUCAGAGCUUUACUCUGAGAGGACUGAUAUUGUGAUAGUUGACGCCCUGUCAGGCCAUGACCACCAGGUUCAGGUCCGAGCCCGAGAUGAGGUGAACUCGGACACCAAGUGGAGCGACUGGACCCCCGUGAUUCUCAUCAGACCCUGGGAAGCCGAUUCCCCAUCAGGUCCUACAGAAGAGCCGGGUGACGGGUUUCCCGACUGCUUUACCUGCAACACAGAACAGACUGAAACCACCACUACCAAGUCACACUAUCCCGUACACGAGGAUGAAGGUAAUUUGAGUGUGGUGAUAAUCCUGGUUCUGUUCUCCGUGUUCAUCCUCACCACCGUACUUUCCCUCAUCUUUAUUGUUUGGAUGAGACAGAGGCGGCGCGAACACGCCACAAAGCAAGAACUCACCUCAAUGGUCAAGAUGAAGUCGGUGGCAAUCUAAUGACGUGACGUACAUUCAGAGAGCAGCCGUUUAUUUUCAAGGUUCAUUUGAAGCAUCUCCUACCUGUCAGCUCCAGUAGUGAGUAAGCAUCUGCCUUUUACCACCGUGACACACCGCCGACUGUCCACGUCCGGCUACUUCAAGCACAGCAGAUCAGUCCGACUAGCGUCCCUGACAGCAGAGAUAAAUCCCCUGUGAGGGUCCACAGUGGUUUAGUCAUCCAGCUGUGCUGCCGGUCACACAUCAGUAGACAGAGGUGUUCACUCCUCAACAGGACAUUCACUCACAACUGACUCUGCUCCAGGUGGACCAACUCUUCGGAGUGCCUUCUGAACUCUUUAGUAAGUUACCAACCAGGACAAGACGUGCAGCUGCCAAACAGGAGAACAUAGGAUUUUAUUUUCAGACGAUUGUGUCCUCCUCCUCCUCCUCCUCCUGCACCACCAGAACUUUACCCCCUUCUUUUAUUUUGUUUCAUGAGCUUCUUUUUGAGGAGGAGCAGAUUAUUAUGCGUCCAUUCUUACAUCGACCGACUCAAUGCUGUGAAGGAAGCAUAACCUCUACCAGUGUGUGUGUGUGUGUGUGUGUGUGUGUGUGUGUGUGUGUGUGUGUGUGUGUGUGUGUGUGUGUGGGUGUGUGUGUGUGUGUGUGUGUGUGUGUGUGUGUGUGUGUGUGUGUGUGUGUGUGUGUGUGUGUGUGUGCGUGCGUGCGUGCGUGCGUGCGUGCGUGCGUGCGUGCGUGCGUGCGUGCGUGCGUGCGUGCGUGCGUGCGUGCGUGCGUGCGUGCGUGCGUGCGUGCGUGCGUGCGUGCGUGCGUGCGUGCGUGCGUGUGUGUGUCUGAUGCCAAAGCAGCAGAGAUGGGCAUUAAGGCCUCGGCGUGAGAGUUGGAGUUGGGACAGAGAGCAGUCUGUCAUCUGUCCCGGGACUGAGGGACAUGAUGGACUCAUAGGGUCAAGUCUAACAUGGGCAGGUUGGGUGAUACAGACUUUUAUCUCAUUUAUAAUGAAUGCGUUUGUGCUGCAUCAUUGUUAUGUUGCCUGGCAUGUUGAAAACAGGUAGACUUUCUUUUUUUUUACCGCUUUCCUUCCAUCCAUUCACUGUUGGUUAUUUUUGUGAGACUAAGACCCACAAGACGAGGACAAGGGAGAGACGCCAGCCGUUCAGAAGUCACCAGCGUCGGGACACGAUCGAUAUGAAACUAGUUGACAGAUGCAAACUAGUAAUCCUAAACAUGAGGCAAUUCAGUAACUUAUCAAACCAAGUUGAAAACGAUUAUCUAAACAGCAUUGCAGCGCUCAGAAACAUAACCUCUACAUGUACUUUUACAUUUUAUCAUUUUAAUUCGUGGAAUCGUUUAUGAAAAAGCAAUCAACCACUUUAUCUAUAAAACUUAAAAAAGAAGAAGUUGUGAAAAAAAUCUGGUUUAUUUUGUCUGGACUCCUGGGUGUCGUCUUAAACACGUGUAAAAUUAUGAACUGAAAUUAUUGGAAAUUGGAAAUUAUUAUUGCAAAUUUCCCCUCUGUGGGACUAUUAAAGGAUUUCUUAUCUUAUCUUAUCUUAUUGAUUUGACGAGUUUAAACCCUGUUAGAAAUAGUGACGUUACGUUUUUAAACAAGAAGGCUGUGAAUGUGAAGCCUUGAUCAAGGCUUAACAGCUAGAAACAUGCAGUGGGGCAGUUAAAGUUUAUAAGCACUUAGCUUUAGAACAUUAGAACAGCUUUCUCUCCAAUAAAAUUUAACCAUUUAACUUAAAAAUGCAAUGGCAAAGGUCAUGACUCAGACUCACAGAUGGUUGCAGAGACUUUUCCUAAUCGUUUAACACUACAUAAAACAAACAAACAAAUGAACGUGGAUGCAGAGAGAGCAGCGUGUGAUGGGUAAUGUGAGGAGAAGCCACGGGUUUACUGUGCAGCUUCUGCCUUUGACAAGCGGUUCCUUUCACUUAAAGGGAGGUGGUUUGUGGACGGUUACUUUAGAUGUUCUCAUGUGGUCAAUCCACCGCAGAGAGAGCAGCGAGGAACAUGGUGAUUGGGUUACACCACGACAAAAAAAGUAAAGUAGUCGUUAACCGGUUAGUUAACGUGAUGGAAUGAUGGGAGACAAUCUUGCAGUCUAAAACUGUAUCACUAUUCAGCAACUCAGAGAAAUGUUUGACUUGUGUGUGGCCAGCACUGAGCCUCCGAAGAUACUGUACCAGUACAAUUCACACACCGUCGUCCUGGUGAACAAGCUGCUGCAGAUGGAGACAACACUUCUCUCUCUUUCUUUCUUUCUUUCUUUCUUUCUUUCUUUCUUUCUUUCUUUCUUUCUUUCUUUCUUUCUUUCUUUCUUUCUUUCUUUCUUUCUUUCUUUCUUUCUUUCUUUCUUUCUUUCUUUCUUUCUUUUUUCUCCUUCGUUUCUUCAGAUCCAAAUGUAUGUUUCUUUCUUAUUUGUGUUGUUUUUCGGUGCAUUUAAGUCAAACUUUCUCCAGUUUGACAACUGUAUUGUUCUCUAAAGCUAGCUCCACAUAUUAUGCAUGGAUCCAGUUGAAGCUUACUUGUAUAUGAUUAUUGUAUAUCACACACAUGUAUGUUAUAUUGUAUGUGGUGUCUAUGUCUAUGAACAUGUUAUUUUUUGAGAGGGUUAGAUCCACAGACAUGGUUUUCUCAGUCCUUUAUUAAUUGUGCCUUUUUAUGGGAUCUUUGAUAGAAUUCGUGGGUAAAUAAAAUUACUAUAAAGUACGUUUUUCAUGGUUAAAUUCUAAAUAAAGUCACAAUUAUAGGGUCUUUUAAGUCAGUUUGCCUCAGAAGACUCGUGAGCGAGGAUAAGCCAUGUCUGCAGAGCCUCCCCAGCGUCAAGUUGUUGUGUCUUUCUCCCCAGUUUUAUGAAGCUGUGUUACAGUACAGUUACUGUAUGGAUAAUGUGUUUACUGAGUCGAUCUUCAUCUAACGUGCGUCACUUCAAUGCUCAGCUUACUUUUCCUCUUUUCUAUUUUUUUGACAGUCUGGUGAGCCACAAACAAAUGCUUUUUCAGCUCCACUACAAUUUUUCCCUCAAAAUUUCCUCUUCGAAUUAACAAUCAAAUUAUCGGAUUGAGAUCUUUACCAUUUUUGAAUGCGUGGAGUUAAAUAGUUAAAAUAUUCUGAGCUUUUUGGAAUGUGUGCAAAUCUGAGCUCUAAAGGUGACACAAAAGGACAGUCACUCUGUCAUAUUUGAUCAUUUAUUGGAAAACUUGUUUAUUUUUUACAUUUUAAACGGCAAAUGAAAAUAACAUGUUUUUCUUCUUAUAAAAUUUCUUCAUACAUUCUCAAAAGCAAUUUAAUUAAAUUGGGGUUUUUUGGCGCAUCGAUUGGAAUUAAUGUUCCCUGAUUUUUGUGGUUCACAAGCUUUCUUUCUGUUCUUUGUUCAACUUUGGACACAUGUAAUGACACAUUUCUGUUCUAUGUCAGUGUUUUGUUUGGGUUUUUUUUCCGUUUCCGUGGACGGGCUUCAUUUGCAGGGCAAACGGUAGAUGGAACCCGUGGCUUUUAGUUACUACAACUCAAACUGCACUCAGGCAGCCACUCAGAUGUAUAUAGUCUGUUUUUUCUCCUGCUUUAUGUGUACAACAGAUAUCACCAUAAGCUGUUUUAUUUUUAUGUUUUUCUUCUGUCCUGUUAUGUUUCUGUGAAAUAAAUUACUAUUUUAUCACAA